AUGCUUUCCGCUUACCAACUCAUUCGUAGCCCAGCAGACCAUGGAAAGUUUGUCUCGUUGCAUCUUUGUGAAGCUCCAGGAGCAUUUGUCUCAGCAACACAUCAUUAUAUUCAAAGCAAACUCACAGGGACCCGAUGGGAUUGGGUCGCUUCUUCUCUUAAUCCUCACUUCGAAGGGAACGGCACGAAAGACAUGAUCACCGAGGACAUCUUGAUCAACGAGACGGGACAUCACUGGUACUUCGGCCCUGACAACAGCGGCGACGUGCGGCUUCGUGAGAAUAUUGAAGGGAUAUGGGAGAUGCUGAGUCGCAGAGGCACGGUAAUGCUGGUGACUGCUGAUGGCUGCAGUGGCGACACGUUAGAACUCGAGGAGCAUCAGGACAUUGACCACCAGCUGCAGUUCUGUGAAGCUGUGACAGCGAUGGGAUCGUUAAGCGAGGGAGGACACUUUGUCCUCAAGAUGUCAAACCUCUGCGAUCACGCGAGCGUCUGUCUGGUUUAUCUUCUCUCCUCCUUCUUCAAGCAGACGUCUAUCUGCAAGCCAACCAUGAGCGACUCGAGCGGCUGCGAGACUUACCUGGUG